AUGGCAGAAUCUGGUUUGAAUACCUUUGGCUUCGUGGCCAGCAUACUGAGCGUUGUAGCUCUCCUAGGUCCAGUAUUUGGUGUCGUCUACUUCUAUCUACCGUCUCGCUGGCAAACGUAUCUCGAUGAGCUCCUGUGCGAGACAAAAGACAUGUGGCGCAUCGCUCUCGAGGAAGGCUUGUUUGUCAGCUCAUCGUUCCAGAAAUUUCUAGAGACAACAGAACAGAAUCUUGCUUUUACUUGCUCCCAAGCGAGCAAUCUACGAACAGAAACGCAUCUUGCUACGACUCUUUAUCGGCAGCUAAAAGGAACAAUCAAUGGCCUGUCCAUGAGAAUCGUUUACUUGUGCGGAGAGGUUAUGGAGCUUCGCGCCACAAUCUCAAGCACGGCAACUGAGGAGCGCAAUAAGCUUCAGCAGGAGGGCUGCUAUAUACCCCCGGAUUUACGUAGAAUCGCCCGUCCCGCAGGUACGGCAGCACACCCUCAAACAUUUGUCGAUGACACUGCAAAGUCCUCCGUUAAGUCAACAGCCUACACUAACAGCCCAGAUAUCGCGAAACGUAUACCCUGUCCAGGAUGUUUUCCUCAGGAAUCGAUGGAGAACAACUCCAUGCCCUCACACUGUGACAUUGAAUCUACAGCACCAAAUUCACGUUCUUCCCCCAUGGCGGACUCUGAUGGCAAAGAGAUCGUGCUUGAACAACAUUCUCGCGCCGAUGUGCAGGCGAAGGGAGCACACGCUCAGAUCUUGGAGACGGAUGCCAACGCCAUAUAUCCGGCACUAUGCACUGGUUCAGAUCAAGGAGAGGAUGCGAUUACGCAGCACGCUUUCCUCAGAGACCCAACUCUCUACUACAUUCUUCGUCGCAUCCAUGACGAUCUGAAAGCAAGGGGGCAGAGCCAUCCUCUCUUGCCCGCAGCCGCAGAAUAUGCCCGUGCUCCUCAUUGCGUUGAUAUCGAGCCCCUCCUCAGACUGUACAAAGUGGGUAUAUCGAUGACGCCGUCGGGACGUCUAGAGAUGCAGACGACCAGAGCAUGA